AACUCGAUGAGAAGUUUAGGUUGUGCAACUUUCCCUUAAUACGCUCGUCUCAUAAGCGCUGCACCUUAAAAUAACGCACCGGCAAUCCGUCGCCAUCCUCCGUCAGUCUCAUCUCAUCUCCGAUAAAAGGAAACCAUGGUUUGGGGUUUCUUCCCCGAUGACCCUCACUCAGGUGAAGAUAAGUUCUAUAUCUUCGCAAGGGGAACGUACAAAGUGGGUCGGAAAGGUUGUGAUGUAAAUAUUACUAAAGAUAAAGGAGUUUCUCGGGUCCAUGCGGAAAUAGUUGUUGAUGCAAUGAUUUCUGCCCCCCUGCAUACAAAAUCUUCUAUUCUAUCUUCAAAAGUUCGAAUUAGAGAUUGCUCAAAGUAUGGAACAUUUAUUAACAAGAACCUUACAUCGAUGGAAAAGAUUCAUGAGUUACCGAAUAAAGAAACAUCACUAAGAGAAGGGGACUUGGUUUCAUUUGGUACUGGCAAUGCAAUCUACAGAUUUUCCUUUGUUCCACUCAUUUUCUUUGCGUGCUGCUCGGAUCCAACCCAAGUGAAUCAUGCCCUUGAAGAUAAACUUUCAUCAUUUGGUGCUCAUAUCACUUAUCAUCUGAGUCAGGAGUGCACACAUGUGCUUGUUGACCAACUCAUGCCAGUAAAAGAAGAUAUGCUGGAUGCUAUUGUGGCGAAGAAAACUUUUGUUCUUGGUAGUUGGGUUGAGUUCCUUGCAGAAAAAAACAUUCGCACAGAGCUUCCUAGUUGUGAAUCCUUUGCUCCAACACUAACAUUUGAAGGAGUAUCAGUCAAACUUGCAGACCCGAGAACUCGUGAGAACUGUUUGGAAGGGUACACCUUUUUGUUGGACUCAAAACCUGUGUAUAAAUUCAUGAAUCGCUUGCGGUCCUUACUGGAAGUGAGUGGUGCGAAGAUUCUUACGAUUGAUGCGUUUAAUUUGAAUAGCCAAAGCUCAGAUUGCGGAGAAAAUGAUCGUGUUGUAUGUGUUAUCCCGGAACAAUCGUCAGAUGAUUGGUUCAAUAAGCUUGGUUCACUAUUAAGAGUGAAUGAGACUGGCUUAAUAUCUGCCAUUUUAAAUGGACGGCUGGAUCCAGCUAUGUUAAAGUCACCUUGUGUAGUUGUAUCAUCUUCAUGCUCCACAGAUGAAACCGUGGUAGCUGAUUCUGAUACGGAAGAAAUAGCCACUUCAGUUUUGGCAACUGCAUCUCUUGGCACCAAAGGAGUUGUUGAAAAUGUACCCCAUGAAAUCUCCACGAAUUAUGCAGCUCCUAAAUCCGAGGAUAACUAUGUCAUGAGCUGUCGACGCAGUAGUGACAUAUCCACCGUAAGAGGCAAGCUUGAUGAAUCUGAAAGUGGAAAUGUAGAUAUUAUUUAUAGCCAAGAUUUGAUUGUGCGAGAUGCAAGCAUACCUUGUACCGUUGCUACUACUGCAAACCACAGAGUUGUAAAUUUCAAACGCUUCAGAAAGCCAAAUAUUCAAUCUGGGAAUAGCUUCAACAAUAUUAUUCCAUUCUUAAAGUACCCAUAUAAAGAUUCUGACUAUGGGGGUGAGGAAGUGCUAGAGUCUGUGAAAGAAGAGAAAAGGAGAAAGCAAAUGGAAGCCGUUUCUGAAGAAUUAUUUAAUAAUGAAGGGAGGAGUCGUCGUGGCGCAGCUGGUUCUAUUCGUGGGAUUCUUAGUCAUGGUUAACAAUGUUGAACUCCUAGCCCAAAAGAAAACAGAAAGGCAAAACUGUCGCAGCAGCAGCAGCAGCAGCAGCAUGGCUAGCAACCACACAACUAAGCGCAUUCAGGAGCCAUCGAUAAUUCUGCUGGGAAAUGUCCAUUUCGGGAUGAGAACCAGCAGGGAAGUGUGAUCUGCCUGUUGGUCAGCGUCGCUUGUAUUUGCUAUCUUGUAUAUUUUUCUGAUAUAAAAUUGCUAUCUUGUAUA